CUACCCAACCACCCCUCACGAAAAAGAGCAAUUCUGGUUGGGAGUCAAAUACAAGAAAUAAGAAAGAAAGAAGCGGCCGUCGGCGGUCUCCGAUUUCAAGAUUGACGAUCCUGCAUUCAACAUUGCUCGGAUCUCGCAAUCAGAAAUCGGGGAUCAGUCCACUUGUUUUCUUGCUUUGGCAACUCUGAACAAGACUAGAUUGUGAUGAUGAACGGGAGUCAUAGCAUGGGCGAGUGUUCUAGCUCAACUUCCCUGAGCAGUCAGCAGGAUGUUGAGGAUGACUGCAUGAUCGCCGUUGUACUUUCGGAAGAGUAUGCUCAGUUGGAUGGUGCAGUUGCUAGACGCCUUUCCAACCUCGCACCUAUUCCGCAUAUCCCACGUAUAAAUUCCUACAUCCCCAACAUAAGUGAUGCUAGUUUGGAUCAUCAACGGCUUCUCCAGAGGUUGCAUGUCUAUCGUUUAUAUGAAGUUAAGGUUUCUGGUGAUGGCAAUUGUCAGUUUCGUGCACUUUCAGACCAGAUGUACAAGUCUCCAGAUUAUCACAAGCAUGUCCGGAAAGAGAUUGUUAAACAGCUCAAAGACUACCGUUCUCAAUACGAAGGCUAUGUCCCUAUGAAGUACAAACAUUAUUACAAGAAAAUGGCGAAAUCCGGAGAAUGGGGUGAUCAUGUUACCUUACAAGCAGCAGCUGAUAAGUUUGAAGCAAAGAUUUGUCUUUUGACAUCAUUCAGAGAUACUUGCUUCAUCGAAAUUAGGCCUCAAAUCCAGCCACCAAAACGUGAGUUGUGGUUGAGUUUCUGGUCUGAGGUUCAUUACAAUUCAUUAUAUGAAAUCCAAGGCGCUCCAACGCAACAAAAGCCGAGGAGGAAACACUGGUUGUUCUAGACUGGUAGUGAGAUCUGACUCCCUGAAGUUGGUAUGCCACUCAUUCAGGAAUAUUCGAUGGUUUUAGUGCUGUACAUAUGGCUCCCUAGAUGUUUGAUACUGAUACGACAUUCGGAGUUCACAAUGUACCUAAGAAAAAAAAACAUAAAUUAUAUAUACACUCUUACUUGGCCCCUACUGCUGUAAAUGGAUAGUGGUGUUGUUAGAUGUAUUUUAAUAGUUCUUGAUAUAUAUUUUUAUAUAAAAAAUAAUAAUUCUUGAUUUUUGCAAGAA